GAUAAUAUAACUGAAACCGGUAAAAGAGAGACGAAGAAAUGGAGGCAAAAUUUUUGCAGCUGCUAACAAGCUCAAGCUUCAAUAAUUCAUGGCCGUUAUCAACAUUUCCCACACACUCGUGUUUCAAUCGCAGCUUCUCCCCUCAAUUAUCCGUUGCUAGCUCAAUUACACAGAGAUGCAAGAAGAUAGAAGAGCAGGAUUACAUACCUGGCCUCCCUAAAGAGUACUACGAUGAUGAAUGGCAAGCUAGGCAGAGGGAAAAGACGAAGGAGUUUCACAAGAGGCGGCAAGAGGAGGACGAGGAAGAAGAGAGAAAAGUCGAUGAGUAUCGUCAAAUCGGAUUGCGCCUAAAAAAUUAUCGCGACGAAGAUCUGAGAAAAGCUAAGAAAUUGGUCUCCAGCUUCAUUAGAUCUGCUGAAGAGGUCGAAGAGAGAAUUGUGGAAGCUGCAGAGAAAGGCGAACUCACUGAACUGGUUCUUUUGGUGAUAUGGAAUCGCCUUGAUCUUGCUCGACGUGAUGAAGAAAAGGAUGCCAUUAGAAGUCUUGAUCUCUUGUACAGGAGGGUUGAGACUGAGAUCUUGGUGAGGGAGGCCACUCCAGCGAUGAGAUUGUUGAACGAGAUGUUGAAUAUGCACGAUGGAUUCGAUCACGACGGGUGGCUCAAGGCAUGCAAGAAGCUCAUGAUCGAAACCUUUCCCAGAGAGGAUCCUUUCAGCAUCCUCGUACCUGCUGGAUUCGACCUUGAUAAGCAUCACGGGCCAAUGAGGCCAAACAUUGAGGCUGACGAUGUUCUUCUAAGGGUCGAUUUUGUGAGAGAGGUCGAUGUGUUCCUCCAGGAGGUGCGGUCCGAGCACGAAAAAGCCAUGACUACACAAGCUCUGGACCCGGAAUCAGUUGCAAGUAGGUUGAAAUGGCAGGAGAAACAACGGGCCGUUGAUCAAGUGCUGGCUCUCUUAGAGCUGGCCGUUAAUUUGACAUGGUAAUUGUGCUCAGGUUUGGAGUUGUCGAGCAGAUGCAUCAAGCUAACGUUGAGAUCCAUCACCGGUGUAGCUGAUCUUCCAAAUACACGAGUCGAGUCCAAAUCGUCCAAAUCGGGUAAAAAAUGCCACCUUGAUGUCGUUGCUAGCUUUAGUAUGCCGGAAAAUUUGACAUGGAUUAUUAAGUGAAAAAUGAAGUACUUAGCUUGUAAGAUGCUUCUCCAUUUUCCUUCUAUCAAUAGAUCGGGAUUUGAGUCA